GAGACAAGGAAGGCCUCGAGGAUUUUGGGAUACAAGGGUACUCGGGAGGGCUCGUGAGCCCUGCGCAGCGCUUUCGGCGUCCCCAAACUGUUGCUUGUAUCAAUGCGCACCGUUGCAGCCGGAAGAAGCGGUCGCUGUGUGUUGCUAGGAAACGUGGAUACGUGUUUCGUCCAGCUGAUAUUGUUCUGGGCUCAGACAAUGCCAGCGCUAGGAGACAGGCGAUCCACAGUUGGCAGCCUGCGCCGUAUUAUUAGACCAGGCCCCGGUGUUCUCCUGAAGAGGCGGACUACGGAACAGCAGCGGCAAACAUCCAAGGGCCGGCACAUGUGGUUGCCGGAACGGAGCGGGCACAAUUGGAUAAGAAGAAACCAACAAAUCUCAGCCAGCCCGAUUCGUCGGAGUUGAGAAAAAGAAGACGCAGAACAGACCAAACUGGGCCCGGGUUGGAGAGGGGCAGUGGAGAAGCGCAAGAACGAGA